UCAUCAGGUAAAAAUUCAAAAUUAUUUAGGAUAUAAAAAUUUUAAUUUUUUAAUUUAUUACAUGAGAAUUUCAUGAAUUUAAGUCCAUGUUCAAAAAGAGUUUUUGUAGAAGUAAUUUACUAUUUUACAUGAAAAAGAGAAAAAGAAAAACUUACCAAAGGAAAAAAAAAAAGACAAAGGGAAAAGAAAAUUUCAAAACUAUAGUUGAUAGGCCGGUGAGGGCGGGGGCAUCAAAGCACAUCACCAUUCUUCGAAUGUUGAGCUUUGCUUUGUGGGUCAUUGAUUGUUUGUUUAUUGGAGUGUUAAAGAGUGGUUUGGUAAUCAGUAACUCAAAAUAAUUCUUCAGCUCAGAAUUCCUUAACAGCUUCAAUGGAACCUGGAAACGCUAAGACUUCAUCUCUUGUAAAAAAGCAGAAAUGUUAUACUGAUGCAUUGGAGCGUAAGAGGUGCAUUACUCACACGGGAUCACACAUGUCUUUUGCAUCAAUCACUGUAAAAGAUGACAAGCCGGUUGAUUUCUUAGGUGCUUUUGUUGAGGGUCUUAUAGCUGGAGGCAUUGCUGGUGUUGUUGCCGAUGCAGCUUUAUACCCACUCGAUACAAUAAAAACUAGACUGCAGGCAGCUCAUGGUGGAGGAAAAAUUAUGUUGAAAGGCCUUUACUCUGGAUUGGGUGGAAACCUUGCUGGUUCCUUGCCGGCUUCUGCCUUAUUUGUUGGUGUAUAUGAACCUGUGAAACAAAAGUUGCUAAAAUCGUUACCUGAAAACCUCAGCUCUUUCGCUCAAUUGACUGCAGGUGCCGUCGGAGGUGCCAUUUCUUCGCUUGUUCGUGUGCCAACUGAGAAAUUGAGCACUUUUCAGGUUGUCAAGCAGCGGAUGCAAACUGGGCAAUUUACUUCGGCCACAAAUGUUGUCCGUGUUAUUGUUGCUAAAGAGGGUUUUAAAGGUCUCUAUGUGGGUUAUGGAUCAUUCUUAUUGCGAGAUUUGCCUUUUGAUGCUGUUCAAUUCUGUAUUUAUGAGCAACUCCUGACGAGAUAUAAGCUAGCGGCACAAAGAGAUCUGAAAGAUCCUGAGAUUGCUGUUAUCGGUGCUUUUGCUGGUGCAAUAACUGGAGCUCUAACUACUCCGCUUGAUGUGAUAAAAACCAGAUUAAUGGUUCAGGGAUCAGGAAACCAGUACAAAGGGAUUUUUGAUUGUGCGAGGACCAUUUCGAGGGAAGAGGGAGUUCAUGCUCUUCUCAAGGGUAUUGGACCAAGGGUACUAUGGAUAGGUAUUGGAGGUUCAAUCUUCUUUGGUGUCCUUGAGAAGACAAAGCAGAUGAUUGCUCAAAGGUGCCCAGGUUCCACAAUGAAGUCAGCACCUUUCAAGCAAGAUUAACUCUUGUCUUCUGUCAGCUUACCAUUUGCCAUUUCAGAGCUUUCUUCCCUCUGCUAGAAAUGUUAGGCGUUAUAUCACCUCACCUUGGCUUGGAUUGCAUUCCAAAGCCAAUAAUAACUCUUUCAUUGACUAGGAACGUUGUUUUGGUGGGGUGGAGUUGAGAGGAGGCUACCCCUGAUAUGUAACUCCAGCACAGCGAGACUUUCAUUUUCUAAAAGAAAAAGAAAAGGAAAAAAGAAACACAAAGUUCUUCAUUGCAGAUCA